GCAUUAAAACAUCAGUGGCCUAAAAGUGUAGUGUAGAGUUCAGGAGGGCAAUGGUUGUGGGGGAAGAAGCUGGCAGAAGCUGAUAAGCAUGACAGUGUUGGUGUUGACAUUAGCAUGAAAUUUGAAGCUUUGAAAGCUGAUCUGUUUGAGCAGUGUACAGAUAAGGAGGUGAGAAAGCUGGACAGGCUAAAGGAUUAAAGCGCUGCUGCAUUGCUCUCAUUAAGUAACAGUGACGUGAGAGCUUAAUCCCACUAUCAGCAGGUGGUAAAAUGGCAUUGGUUCAUUCCUGACGAUUUCACUUCAGCAGAACCAAUACCUCAGGUUAAAGUCCCUCUUCAAACGACACACAAGUCAUAUGACCACUGAGUUGCACUUCCUCAAACUCGACUCACACCAUCCCACUCCAGCGUGAGUGCUCUGCAAAUCUGCUACUAAUACUGCUCUUAAACUGAUCUCUACAAGACUCUCUUCCAAUCUGGGAGACACAUGGCAAGUCCACUGUCAAAGAACACACACAGGAACCGUCUGAGGAGAGUGACUCUUGAAGGGGUUCCUGGUCUACUCCUUUCCCUCACUCUAUUCACCUGUCUACUGAAGUGUGCAGAAUGUGUCAAAGCCAGCAACAUGAUUCUCAUCGUUACAGAUGAUCUGGACGUGGAGCUUGGUGGAAUGACGCCGUUAAAGAAGACCAAAGCCCUGAUUGGUGAUUUUGGUGUCACCUUCUCCCAUGCAUACACAACAACGCCCCUGUGCUGUCCCAGUCGGAGCAGCAUUCUCUCUGGGAAAUAUCCACACAAUCACAUGGUCCACAACAAUUCCUGGUCAGGCAACUGCAGCAGCAAAGCCUGGCAAGCUGGUCCCGAGAUGCAAGCCUUUCCUGUCUACCUCACCAAGAAGUAUUAUCAGACCUUUUAUGGAGGGAAAUACCUUAAUCAGUAUGGGAUGAAUGAGACAGGAGGUGUGGGUCAUGUUCCUCCUGGAUGGGACCAGUGGCAUGUACUGGUGGGGAACUCUGAAUACUAUAAUUAUACACUCUCUGUCAAUGGGAAAGCAGAGGUUCACAAAGACGACUAUGAAAAGGACUACCUCACAGACCUUAUUUUAAACAGAUCACUGACGUUCCUGGAUUCGCGAAGCCCCCAGCAUCCAUUUUUUGUGAUGCUGUGCCCUCCAGCCCCUCACUCUCCUUGGACUGCAGCUCCAGCGUACCAGAACAGCUUUGCUGACGUCAAGGCUCCACGUGAUGGCAGUUUUAACAAACAUGGAAAUGACAAGCACUGGUUGCUGCGUCAGCCUGUGAACCCUAUGUCAAACAGCUCCAUUGAUUAUCUUGACAAUGCUUUCCAUAAAAGGUGGCAGACCCUUCUGUCUGUAGACGACAUGGUGGAGAAGCUGGUAAAGAAACUGGAAGACAUAAAGGAGCUGAACAACACUUACAUUUUCUUCACUUCUGACAACGGUUACCACACAGGUCAGUUCUCCCUCCCCAUUGACAAGAGACAGCUGUAUGAAUUUGACAUCCGUGUGCCACUUUUGGUACGUGGGCCCGGGAUCAAGCCAAACCAAACUCUGCAGGACCCAGUACUGAACAUCGAUCUCGCCAUGACCAUCCUUGACAUUGCCGGAGUUAAUACCUCUAUCUUGGACAUGGAUGGGCAAUCUUUUCUACCACAGCUUGCACCGUCAUUACGCAACGGUACUUCACGUCCCUACUUCUUGGUGGAGUACACUGGUGAGGGCCACCUUACUAAAGAUCCUGACUGCCCCAAACUCGGCCCCGGAGUGGCUGAGUGUUUCCCAGACUGUGUUUGCGAGGAUGCCUUCAACAACACGUAUGCCUGCAUUAGGACUUUGAAGGACAACAAUUUGCAGUACUGUGAAUUCGCUGACGAUGAAGCAUUUGUGGAGGUGUACAACAUGACGACUGAUCCUCAUCAGCUGGAGAACAUUGUGAAGAAGGUGGACCCUGCGCUCCUGCAGGUCAUGAACCAAAGGCUCAUCAAGCUUCAGUCAUGCAAGGGAGACAGCUGUCGAAAAUUCUAACAACUAGAGCACAACAGUUCUGCUCAGGCCAAACUGGUAACCAAAGAGGGUUUCAUUUUAAACUGAUUUAAGUACUUUUAUAAAUCCUGGCCUGUGAAAUGAAUCCUUGUUCAUGACACAAAAUAAACCAACAACUUAAUCGGUUUACAUUCAGCCAUUGCUGCUAUAUUAGUAAAUAUAUAAUUAGAUUUUUUUGUAGAGGAGGAAUGGAGUCUGGUAUUACAUACCUUUUUAUACAUUUUUACACUUGCAUAUAUCCUAUUACAUACGCUGCAGAUGAUAAGAAUAUCGCACUGCACAAUGUGAUGAACUGAGAUGAUACAACAUGAUGAAUAUGAUGAUCAUAGAUAUGUGUAAGGGCUGAACAACUUCAGCCCUUACACAUAUCUAUGAUCAUUCAUCAUAGAGCUUCAAUUAUUCAGUUAUUAUUAACUACAGUGAAAUUAAUAGAAAGUGUGUAGUUACAAGAUCCACUGAUAGGUCAGGGUACUUUAAAGGGUUAACUGCGUCAUAGGUUAACGGCCAUAAUUGAUAAUGCCUACAUUGCUAACAUUACUUCGGUUUGUCCUUAUUUCAUGAUUUUAACCUAUACUUAUGCACAUAAAAUGCCUCAGGUCUACAAUACCUUUUCUAGGCCUGUAGUUCAUUCCAUUCUGUAAUGAGACUACAUUUAUUACAGUAAACAUAGCAAAGACAUAAUAAAAUAGACUUCACUUCAUUGUAUUCUCAUGCAACUCCUGCCUUAAACUCUUUAUACAGCUCAGUACAAAAAUCACUCCCUUAAAUGUGAAUGUAUUCAUGAGCCUGGAGAUGUGAAUUAUUAAUUUCUGUGCAUGUCUGCACUCAGUCAUUUUUCUAUUCACAUUCAAGCUGGCUUGUAUUUUUUUUUUUAAGUUUAAAGUUUUAAUAGGGCUUCCGUGUGUGUUUUCUAGUGCAAGUAAUCUAUCUGUGAUACUUCUUAUGUCUGUUGUGUGAUAAAACAACUGAUAACAGGACAGAUAUCUGAGGUGAUGCACCAGGGCCAUAGCACUUUUGUUAAUGUUGAAUGUCAACUAUUAAGGGGAACUGUCAUUUUUAAUAAUGAAUAUUAUUACACAUUGAAAUGAUAUUGUGCCUUUCGGAACACAGUUUGUUGCAGGUAAUUUAAGGUUUUGUUGGUCAUGCUUUCCUACCUACCAAACUGUUUCUGAAAGAAUCUAAAUAUUCAACCAAUAAAUUCUGAAGAAAA